ACAAGAAGGCUUCUUGUUCAACUUCAUGCUUUCCUUCUCCUCUGCUCCACUUCUUUCGUGAAGACAAGAUGAAGUUCACAAUUGUCUUUGCUGGACUUCUUGGAGUCUUCCUAGCUCCUGUCCUUGCUGACUAUAAUAUCAACAUCAGUGAUGAUGGCAACCGUGCUGGAAGCGGGCAACAGUCAGUGAGUGUCAACAAUGAACAUAACGUGGCCAAUGUUGACAAUAACAAUGGAUGGAACUCCUGGAAUACCCUCUGGGAUUAUGAAAAUGGCUACGCUGCAACCAGACUCUUUCGCAAAAAGUCAUGCAUUGUGCACAAAAUGAACAAGGAAGUCAUGCCUUCCAUUCAAGCCCUUGAUGCCAUGGUCAAGGAGAAGAAGCUUCAGGGUAAGGGACCAGAGGGACCACCUCCUAAGGGCCUGAUGUUCACAGUCAACCCUAACAAAGUCGAUGAUCUGAACAAAUUUGGAAAAAACAUUGCUAGCAUGUGCCACGGAAUUCCAACAUACAUGGCUGAGGAGAUUCAAGGGGCAAACCUGUUUUUUUCCUCAGAAAAGUGCUUCAUUACUAACAUAUUGUGGGUUGUGAACAUUUCCUUCUGUGGAAGAACAGUGGAGAACUAAAAAAAUCUUAAGUCACUAUGAAUUUAGUAAUCAGAAUGCAAAAAAAGUAUUCUAAUGGUUUUAUCAUUUUAUCCUAAAUUUUUUCUGCUAAUUAUGUUUGGCUUCUGUAAGUUUCAAUAAAUCUAUUUAGCACUGA